UGUGUGGGCGGUCCUUGUAUCUAGGAAGUAGUGUUGGCGACACACCGGCGGUAGCGUGACUGUUAGCUUCACGCUCCAAAUAGCAGUUUUUAUCGUCUGUUAUCUGAAGUGAAUAGUGAAAAUGGGAGAUGAUGAGGAGAAGUACGAUGGGAUGUUGCUCGCCAUGGCGCAGCAGCAUGAAGGAGGAGUGCAGGAGCUGGUGAACACCUUCUUCAGUUUUCUGAGGAGGAAGACUGAUUUCUUCACCGGAGGAGAGUCUGGAGCCCCAGAGAAGCUGGUUAAAGAGGCGUUUGCUCAUCACAAUCAGCUCGCCCUCAAAGCCCAGAAAGAGAAACAGUCCAGACAAGAGAAGGAGAAGAAGGAGAAGACCGAAAGAGCUGCUAAACUGAAGGAAGAGGAGAAGAAGAGGAAGCCGGACGCAGAGGAGCCCAGAAUCAAAGAGCUCACGGAUGAGGAGGCCGAGAGACUCCAGUCACAGUUAAAUCAAACAAAAGAAGAAAAGAAAACUGCAGAAGUACCUGAGAAAACAGACGGCGAUGCAUCAGAAAAAAACAAAAAAGGGUCGGACUCCGAAGGAGAGGAAGAUGAGAAGGACAAAGACAAGAUCAAGCCCAAUGCUGGAAACGGAGCAGAUCUUUCACACUACCGCUGGACUCAGACCCUGUCUGAAGUGGACCUGGUCGUGCCGUUCGAUGUGAGCUUCCGUCUGAAGGGGAAGGACGUGGUGGUGGACAUCCAGCGGCGGUCCCUGAAGGUGGGGCUGAAGGGUCAUCCGCCUGUGAUCGACGGACAGCUGUGCAACGAGGUGAAGGUGGAGGAGAGCUCCUGGCUCAUAGAGGAUGGGAAAGUGGUCACCGUUCAUUUCGAGAAGAUAAACAAAAUGGAGUGGUGGAGCAGGUUAGUGACCACAGACCCCGAAAUCAACACCAAGAAAGUCUGCCCGGAGAACUCCAAGCUGUCGGAUCUGGACGGGGAGACGCGCAGUAUGGUGGAGAAGAUGAUGUAUGAUCAGAGGCAGAAGUCCAUGGGGCUGCCCACCUCUGAAGAGCAGAAGAAACAGGACAUCCUGAAGAAGUUCAUGGCUCAGCAUCCAGAGAUGGACUUCUCCAAAGCCAAGUUCAGCUGAGAGCCUCUGAAUCUCUGAAUGACGAGAUCUGAGUCUUACCCUCCCGUUCUGCUCAGUUAGACGUGUUUUCUUUCUGUUAGAUGACUGUUUGACUAACAAUUUCUCUCUUGUGAUGAUGGAAGUGUUAUAAUGCACCAUGUCUAGCUUUUUUUUUUUAAUAAAUCAUUUCAAACCCUG